AUGCCCAGGAUCUCUGGAACAAGAUCUCCCCAACCUUCCCAAAGACUCCUGGAAUUCUCAUCAAAGAUCUCUAUUGUAGAAAAAGCACUAAUUUAUGACCACUGGCACCUCCUCAAAGACUCCUGGAACCUCUACUGGAAUAUCGCCAACCUUCCCAGGGACACCUGGAACCUCCCCAAGGACCCCUGUAGUAGAAGAAGCCCUACAGCCUUGUUUGUGGUGAAAGACGAGCGGAAGGCACAGGAAGUGUUCGACCUGGCUGAUUACGAGCGUUCGGAGGAGCUGAGAAAAGCAAAGAGUCGCAGCAAGAAAAACCACAGUCGCUUCACUUUGCUGCGCUGCAGACAGCCGGGAAACAAGGUUCCAAACCUCGUGUUUCUGGCGGUGAGUCCGGAGGAAAAGGAAUCGUGGGUAAACGCCCUCAACGUGGCAAUCAUCAAGGCCAAGAACCGCAUUUUAGACGAGGUGACCAUCGAGGAGGACAGCGCCCUCCUUCAUCCCACCAGAGACCGGGCAAAGAUCCCUCAUGGCCGCCGGCUGCCGACCAGAGGACACCUCAUGGCCGUGGCGUCCACGUCCUCCCAUGGCAUGCUGACCCUCGACCUGGUCGCUGAGGAGGAUGGUUUCUCUCCGGACUACGGAGGAGAAUCCCGGGAAUCCUGGGAGAACUUCCAGCUCGACCUGCAGAGGGGCGGCUCCUGUGGGCAGGUGGCAGCUGCUGGAUCUUGGGGUGUUCGUCAGCGAGCCGGCACGGACGUGUCGAAGCUGCGGGUGACCUCCAAAGAACCCAAGGUCAAGACCAGUAGCCUGCCCAGAGGGAGUGAGCUGUCCUGGGGCAAACAUUCCCAUCUGGAGGUCUCCAAGGUCCACAAGACCCAGCAGGUCCUUCAGGCUCACUCUCGAACGCCGCAGCCAGGAAAGAGGUUCAGCAUGCAGGGCCGGAGUCGAUGCGCCUCCAUGGAUGAAGUCCUCUCCUCCAGACCGGCGAUGAUCCGCUCCGAGUUGCGUUCGGCUCUUCGUCGUUGUCCAACUGAAGAGGAGGCAGGGGGCGGGGCUUCAGUGCAGCCGGUGGGCCAGCUGCAGAGCCUCAUCGCUCAGAGGAUGCAGAGAGCUCAGGAGCUGCUGGAGGAGAUGAGACUGCAGGAGCUGCAGAAGGCCAAAGCAGAGAGAGAACGAGGCGGUAGUUCACCCUACCUGAAGGGCAUCGACUCACCUCGCCUCCACCACCUCAGGGGCUCAGACUCUCCUCACUCCAGCAGGUCAUCUGGAUCUUCGAGGAGCAGGAGCAGCGACUCUCCUCGCCUCCGGGGCAAAGAGUCUCCUCGUCUGAGAGGCAGAGAGUCGCCUCGAUCCAAAGCCAAGAAGAAUCGCUCCAAAGGUACCGAAUCGCCUCGCUCCAGAGGAUCCCACUCACCGGCUGCUAAAGCAAACGACUCUCCUCGACUGAAAGAUUCGCCUCGUCUGCCCGCCGCCAGCUCUCCGCGGACAAAGAGCUCUGACGCCGUCCAUUCACCAAAACUCAAGGCAUCGUCCAGCACCUCUUGUCCCAACAAGGAGCAUCUCUCUAACGUACAGAAAUCACAUGAAUCACCUCCAGGUGUCGGAGGAUCUGACUCCUCUCAGGUUAAAGGAUGUGAUUCACCACAAGGGAGUGAAACUGACUCCCCUCGUCUGGGGAGCAGCAAGGAGUCGCCCUGUCAGAGUCAGAACUCUCCGAGUCUUUCUGGAUCCUUCGAGUCUCCGCAGCCCAAAACCCCCGACAAACACUGCCUCUCUCCACCUGCGCUUUCCUCGCCACCCUCCUUGCUGUCAGAAGAUCUGGAGGUGGAGAGGAGGCGUGAGGAGGCCGAGCGCCUCCUGGAGGAGGCCGUGUCAUCGUGGAAGGAGGCGCAGGAGGUCCUGCAGGAGGUGAAGGAGCUGCAGAGCCAGACGCUGAGGCGGCAGCGCAGGAGGACCUACGAGAAGAUGACAACCACAGCAGCGGCUGCUGGGUUGCCUGCGGCAACCGCGGCAGCAGAUGAGGACGACACGCCGACCUCACCAACAUCACCUGAGGAGGACGAGGAGUCCGAGACGCCUUGA